AUGUCUACGUAUUCCACCUUCCCCACCGGUGUUCCUGUCUCAGAGAGGAGUCUUGCUCGCGCUGGUUUUUAUUACACUGGUGUGAACGACAAGGUCAAAUGCUUCUGCUGUGGCCUGAUGCUGGAUAACUGGAAACAAGGAGACAAUCCUAUUGAAAAACAUAAACAGCUCUAUCCUAGCUGCAGCUUUAUCCAGAAUCUGGUUUCUGUUACUGGUUUGGGAUCCACCUUAAGGAGUACUUCUCCUGUGAGAAACAGUUUUCCACAUUCAUUGUCUCCUACUAUGGAACAACGUGCAUCAUUCAGUGGUUCUUAUCCCAACCUUUCAUCAAACCCUCUUCAUUCUAGAGCAGUUGAAGACUUGUCCCACUUGAGGACUAACCCGUACAGUUAUGCGAUGAGCACUGAACAAGCCAGAUUGCUUACUUACCACCCGUGGCCAUUAACUUUUUUGUCACCAUCAGAAUUGGCAAGAGCUGGUUUUUAUUACAUAGGACCUGGAGAUAGGGUAGCCUGCUUUGCUUGUGGUGGGAAACUAAGCAACUGGGAACCAAAGGAUGAUGCUAUGUCAGAACACCGGAGACAUUUCCCCAACUGCCCAUUUUUGGAGAAUUCUGUAGACACACUGAGGUUUAGCAUUUCAAAUUUGAGCAUGCAGACACAUGCGGCCCGACUGAGGACAUUUAUGUACUGGCCUUCUCAUGUUCCAGUUCAACCUGAGCAGCUUGCAAGUGCUGGUUUCUAUUAUGUGGGUCGAAACGAUGAUGUCAAAUGCUUUUGCUGUGAUGGUGGCUUAAGGUGUUGGGAAUCUGGAGAUGACCCAUGGAUAGAACAUGCCAAGUGGUUCCCAAGGUGUGAGUUCUUAAUACGCAUGAAAGGACAGGGGUUCGUUGAUGAGAUUCAAGCCAGGUAUCCUCAUCUUCUUGAGCAGUUGUUGUCAACUUCAGACGCUCCUGGAGAUGAAAAUGCUGAUCCACCCAUUGUUCAUUUUGGACCUGGAGAAAGUUCUUCAGAAGAUGCAGUCAUGAUGGAUACACCAGUGGUGAAAGCUGCCUUGGAAAUGGGCUUCAGCAGAAGCUUGGUAAAACAGACAGUUCAGAGUAAAAUCCUAACAACUGGAGAGAAUUACAAAACAGUUAAUGAUAUUGUGUCAGCACUACUUAAUGCUGAAGAUGAAAACAGACAAGAAGAAAAAGAAAGACAAACGGAAGAAAUGGCAUCAGAUGAUUUGUCAUUAAUUCGGAAGAAUAGAAUGGCUCUCUUUCAACAGUUGACUUGUGUGCUUCCCAUCCUGGAUAAUCUUCUGAAGGCCAAUAUAAUUAAUAAACAAGAACAUGAUAUAAUUAAACAAAAAACACAGAUACCUUUACAAGCAAGAGAACUGAUUGAUACUGUUUUAGUUAAAGGAAAUGCGGCAGCCAACAUCUUUAAAAACUGCCUAAAAGAAAUUGACUCUACAUUAUAUAAGAACUUAUUUGUGGAAAAGAAUAUGAAGUAUAUUCCAACCGAAGAUGUUUCAGGUCUGUCUCUGGAAGAACAGUUGAGGAGGUUGCAAGAAGAAAGAACUUGUAAAGUGUGCAUGGACAAAGAAGUUUCUAUUGUAUUCAUUCCUUGUGGACAUCUAGUAGUAUGCCAGGAAUGUGCCCCUUCCCUAAGAAAAUGCCCUAUUUGCAGGGGUAUAAUUAAGGGAACUGUUCGCACAUUUCUCUCAUAA